CAGCUGAGUGUGUGGGCGAUCGUGCAAAUAUAAUAUCACAUCACCCUGCGUUAUAGCCUCGUGUCAUUACCUUCAGUGGAAAUGCUUAUACCGUGGAACUAACAAAACAGACAAAUCUAAUAUUGACAUAUGAGCAAUGGCAUUCACUCAUGCGGUGAAGGUGUUGGUAGUGAUUUUGGUGGCGAAUAUAGCUGAGAUUGAACAAGGUGGAAGAGUAGUGACAGAGGGUCGUGGCAUGGGUACCGUCACUGGCUCUGGACGUGACACAGAGAAGGUGUCAGCCUCAAACAGUCUCCAGCACAGACAUCCUCGCCAGGCUCUGGCAGGAGGUCCAGAGGUUAAGGAUGAUGAGGAAGCCAGAGUGUUGUGGGAAGGUUCAGCCGCGUCCCCCUGGCACCAGACGGAGUCACCACCGGCGACGCAGACGACCCUGUUGAUCACUGGCGACUCCUUGAGGAAGACUAAAGGGAUGAAUGUGAAAAUACAGGAGAAUGAACUAAGAAAAGGAACCAAAAGAUUAAAUCUGAAACGAUACCCAAGCGAUGCAAACGAUACCGCUACGUUAAAUUAUGCUAACACGAAACAAAGUGUGAACAGUAAGUUGAAGAUAAGAGAUAAACAAGCGAUAGGAGUACGUACGGAGCAGGACACUACAGGAACUAACAACAACAGAAAGACAAUGAAUAGAAAAGGAACACAGAAAAGACAACAAGAGAUCCAGAUGCGACGAAGAAUCAAUGAAGCCUCACUUCACCGCACUAAAACUAAAGCUUCGACUCAACAGAAACACAGAAAUAAACUGGAAAACAAAGUCACGAGAAAAACUGCUUCAGAGACGAACUCCACGACCCUCAUAGAGAGAGUGAUGCUGCAAGAGGCAGCGAAAACCGUGCAUGAUGUGAUCCAGCAACGUCAAGAGGAGGAAGAAGCUAGCAAAAAACAGGAAACUGGAAGAAAACUGUGGAUAUGGAGCAAGCAAGAACCGAACAAGGGACAAAGUCAGGGAGGGGCGGCAAGGCAGAGAAGCCGGACAGGACAGAGAGAUGCGACAAACGAAGAAGCUGCAGUAAGGCAGAACGAUGGAGAUUACUAUAGUUAUUACGACAGUUCUAAUGAUGACAUUCCGGCAGAUCCCGGCGCUGGAGGCCAGGACACAGACGGUGGUGACGGUGCUGCUUAUGACUUGUAUGAGUAUGGUGAAGAUGCUGUAAUAGGAGAUGACGGUGGCGGGGCUGGUAACGGAGGUGGCGGUGAUGCUCUUGACAGUGGUGCUGGUGGUGGCUCAAGUGUUGUUGGUGGUAGUUCAAGUGUUGCUGGUGGUGGCUCAAGUGUUGUUGGUGGUAGUUCAAGUGUUGCUGGUGGUAGCUCAAGUGUUGCUGGUGCUGGUUCAGGUGUUGCUGGUGGUGGCUCAAGUGUUGCUGGUGGCGGUUCAGGUGUUGCUGGUGGUGGCUCAAGUGUUGCUGGUGGUGGUUCAGGUGUUGCUGGUGGUGGUUCAGGUGUUGCUGGUGGUGGCUCAAGUGUUGCUGGUGGCGGUUCAGGUGUUGCUGGUGGUGGCUCAAGUGUUGCUGGUGGUGGUUCAGGUGUUGCUGGUGGUGGCUCAAGUGUUGCUGGUGGCGGUUCAGGUGUUGCUGGUGGUGGCUCAAGUGUUGUUGGUGGUGGUUCAGGUGUUGCUGGUGGUGGCUCAAGUGUUGCUGGUGGUGGUUCAGGUGUUGCUGGUGGUGGCUCAAGUGUUGCUGGUGGUGGUUCAGGUGUUGCUGGUGGUGGCUCAAGUAUUGUUGGUGGUAGUUCAAGUGUUGCUGGUGGUAGCUCAAGUGUUGCUGGUGGUGGUUCAGGUGUUGCUGGUGGUGGCUCAAGUAUUGUUGGUGGUAGUUCAAGUGUUGCUGGUGGUGGUUCAGGUGUUGCUGGUGGUGGCUCAAGUGUUGUUGGUGGUAUUUUCAGGUGUUGCUGGUGGUGGCUCAAGUGUUGCUGGUGGUGGUUCAGGUGUUGCUGGUGGUGGCUCAAGUGUUGUUGGUGGUAGUUCAAGUGUUGCUGGUGGUGGCUC